AUGUCCCAUCCACAACCUCCACCACAAAGCUCAAUACCGGGCUACCGUCCGACCCCGUUUCUUAGCCGUGGCAAGAAAUUCCUCCUUGUCUCAAUCUUCGUCGUCCCUAUAGCAAGCUAUGCCUGGCUCAAACGCCUCGAAGCCCGAUCUCGAGAGCAGACGCGCCUCCUCGAGGAAGAAGGACGACGGAACUGGAUCCGCGAGAACCAGAAGUUCACGAGGAGAGAUCUCAGUGUCGCGGUAGGGAGAAGCGGCGGCGGUGUAUGA